CUGUCGGUGUCGCACGUCAGGAAGCAAAUGACCUACUUGCGGCUAUGGCUAGUAUGGUUAGCUACGAACCCACCAAUACCUCAUCGGAAAACGAAGCAAAACUGGGACAACUAGGAUAUUCGCCGGCGAAAAUGCUUCUGGAGCUGAAUCAACCCUGCGAUUCGCUCAUCAAACAUUGCUACUGGCUCGGAUCGGAAGUUUCCUGUGCAAAGUUUUUCCACGUGACGAAAACCCAUGUUGGAUUUUGCUGCUCGUUCAAUGCCGAUAAGGCCAUGCACGUUGACUACAAAGCUCCGGCUCGUCCAGUUCCAUCUUCUAACAUACGAUUGUCCGGUGCCGGAAAACACGUCGGUUUGUCCGUUAUGGUAGAUAUCGCUCCGGAGAGGUAUAUGGCACCUACGAAGUCCUACUACGGGGCAGAGGUUUUUGUGCAUAGUCCUAACGAUUUCCCUGCUGAUUCGGAUUUUGAAGAUACUCUGCAACCGGGUUGGGAUGUAGAUUUUUGUGUAACACCGAUUCCGAUCGAAAGCAGUCCAUCGUUGGAACGUGUUCCACUAUCGCAACGGAAGUGUUUCAUGCCGAAUGAAGGGAUUUUACAAUCGAAUAACACGUUUAGCCUAAAUCUGUGUAUGUCUGAGUGUCGACUGAGAACCAUCAUCAAGCUGUGCAGCUGUGUGCCUUUCUACUAUGUGGAUUUCAAUAUUACUGAAAUGAAGGGAGUCGAAACCUGCACGCUAAGGAAUGUCAACUGCCUGAGACAUUUUAGAAAAUACUUUUACAGCUUAAGACCGCCUAAAGAAAUGUCAACCGAAAAUUUCAGCUUUGACCUGGGAAUGGACUGCAAUUGUAAACCAUCGUGUACUUUCUUGAAUUACAAUGUUCAGAGUAUUUCUAGUAAACGUAUGGGAGGUCCAUUCGUUUCGUCUUACUUUGGAGGCCGCAAUGUUUCGACCUAUGCUACCCUACACGUGCACUUCAAGGACCUGUACUGCGUCAAAUACCGCCGCGAAGCAUUCAUGACCUGGGACUCGCUGUUGGCCUCAUUCGGGGGAAUAUUCGGAUUGUGCAUGGGAGGAUCAGUACUCAGCAUCGUCGAACUGUUUUACUACUUUGUGGUGAAGCCGUUUGCAUUCUACAGAUUCAAGCACAGGGAUGACAACGCACGUGAACAGCUAUCGACGGCAAGUCGCCGACAUAAGCGACCAAAAUCCUGCAGGAUGUUCCGUCCUGGACGCUACCCGGUUGGAUACUUUGAACGCAGGAGUUUUAUUUCACGUGAGAAGCUGAGCGGACGAGGAAAAAGAAAAGUUCAAAUCGUUUUACCACCGAAGGGAUUUGAAUAUGGAUUGCAAGUGGAACGGAAUUUGGAAAUCUCAAAAACUGAUAUGAAUUCAGCAUUUUUGUAUUAAUUAUAUACUUCUUUAUUAGCACUCGAAUGGGAUGAACCUAUUAAAAAAUAUGUAGGUAAGAGUAUAUUUACAUUUAUCGAAACAUUUAGCUUACGUUAGUAUACGCGGAAUGAUUUUAAGAACGAUCUAUAUGAAAUCCUCAACACAGUUACAAAUCACAUGACGUGUUACAAAACAUUAUGUAACUUCAUACAAUAUGUAGUUUUGCUGAAGAUGCCCUUACAUUUAAUUUUCAUGUUAAGAAAAUUUGUAAAAAUAGCAACAUAAACUAAAUGAAUUUAAAGUACAGAGAGAUUCCAAAACAUAUUUACAUGUCAUUAGAGAAAAAUUGGUUCUUAGAUUAUCCCUAGCCUAGGUAAAUUUUGAAAGCACUCCUGCCUUAAAAUACAAACAUUUCAAAAUAGGAAAUGUUUCGUCGUUGUUCAUUUGCUACCUUCUAAAGAAUAUCGCAUGCAAUUCACUGUUAUCAAAAUUAGAGUUAAAGAAAAUCUUUUAAAAUUUUCAUAUCAGACCAUUCGUUUAAGACUGCGUCAAGAAAGUGGGGCCAAGCUUAAGCAAUUUCCCGUAGGCCUGCAGUCACUUGACCAUCUUUGUUUUCCUAGUUUAAAAAUAGAUUUGUAUCGUCUUUCUUAUACGUUAUAACUUAUUAGCUAUCAGAUAUCAGCAAAUCUGUGGAUUUAUUAAAUUAGAAAUCAGUUGUUGACGGGCUUGUAUGGUUUCUAUUGUAAUACUUGAUGUAGAUUGUGGUGAAAACAAUCACUAUGGAUCUCAGAAUGGAUUCACAGUUUGACUUGGAAUCAAUUAGCGGGAUGUCGUGUGGCGCAGGAAAAAUAGUCGACAAUAUGCUGCUUUUGAAAUAAGUUAUAUUCCAAUCUUAGCUGUUACGCUACUUCUGAAAAAUUCGACUAGAUUGCAUGCGCUGCAUCUGUGAAUCCCGCAAAUCGAAUUUUAGUCAAACAUAUUUAUUUGUAAUUGGUCUAUUGCAUACUCAAACAUAAUUCGUUCAACCUAGGGUAGAAUAAGCCAACUAGCAAGUCGAUGAAAAAUAACUUGAUAUUCAAUAAUCUUGGUAAAGUGACAAGAUGGCAAGCUAAAAAGUUACACUAGCUUUCAUUCUUCCCUAGGUUUUGACGAAAUAUAUAAUUUCUUCAAGUAACAUUUCGGUGUAACUGCAGAAUUCGAUUUGUCUAAGGCCCAAGUAAAAACCGAGCAAA